GGAAGCUGCAGAAAGAGAGCGAGAGAGAGAGAGGGAAAGAGAGAAGAGAGAGGGAUACAGAGAGAGAGAGAGAGAGAGAGAGAAAGAGGAGAGGAUGCUGAUGAUCCACACUCGGCCAAGCGGAGUCUUUUUUUUUUGCUGUUGAAGGGAAUUAAAUAAGGACUAUUUCGCAAAGAAGGAAGGACAAGGUGGCCGACAUUUAUUUUGAAAAGCUUCCAAAAUCUAUUUUACAUCCUUUUUCAGAUUUUUCUUCGCAUCCCUCCUCCUCCUCCUCCUCUUCCUCCUCCACCUUCCUCCUCUUCUUCUGAGAGGCCCGCGAGCUGUCUCACGCUGCAGGAUUUUCCUUCCACCACCUCUUAUUUACUUUUAUUUAUUUAUUGUUAUUACUGUUUUUGUUGUUUGACUGCUCGCGAGCCUCAGUCUGCCGGUGCACGCGAGCGCAGAGAGAGAGAGAGAGGGAGAGAAAGAGAGAGCGAGAGACCCCCCGGAGGGAGCUGUCCGGUGCUGAAGUUGCAUUUCUCCUCUUUCUCGUGCACGUGAACCAGACAGAAGACGAGCAGAGAAGAAAGAAGGAAGACAUUUAAAGAAAAAAAGAGAGGUGAAGACUUUCCAGCGGAUCAGUGCAAGACAAUCUUCCUCCGUCCUCUGCGUGUGUGCGUGCGUGUUUGCGCGUGUGUGUGUGACGGGUUGAAACCACCACCACGCUGGCCAGGCCGUCGUGGAUCGGCUGUGUUGUUUGUGAGUGUGUGUCGUUGUGUUGAGUCGGUGUCGCACCAUGCCAAGGUCCUUCCUGGUGAAAAAGGUGAAACUAGAUGAUUUCUCCACGGCGGAUCUGGAGAGCGUCUACCGGCACAGGACAGACCUCAGCCUGCGGCUCCAUGACAAAGGUGGUUACAUCAGUGACUACAUCAGCCCUGUUGUGUACGAUGCUGAGAGUGACAGUGGGAUCAAGGUGCCGUCUCCCGACCCUCUCUACGACGGCAUCCACAGCGACUACGGGGCCCCUGACUCUGAGUCACCCGACAGCCCCAGCUCAGAGAUCACCGAUGGCUACAUCAACGGAGAUGCUGCAGUGAGUGAUGGUUACUCAGUCGAUGCCUUCUACAUCACCGACGGCCGCUCGAGGAGGAAAGCUAUCAGCAGCCCCAGGACCAUUCAGAGGCACACCUGCAACGAGUGCGGCAAAACCUACGCCACGUCCUCAAACCUGAGCCGGCACAAACAGACACACCGCUCACUGGACAGCAAGCUGGCAAAGAAAUGUCCGACCUGCGGGAAGGUGUACGUGUCCAUGCCCGCCAUGGCCAUGCACCUGCUCACUCACGACCUCAAGCACAAGUGUGACGUGUGCGGGAAGGCGUUCAGUCGACCUUGGCUUUUGCAGGGCCACAUGCGCUCGCACACGGGCGAGAAGCCGUUCGGGUGUGCCCACUGCGGGAAGGCCUUCGCGGACCGCUCGAACCUGCGCGCUCACAUGCAGACCCACUCGGCCUUCAAGCACUUCAAGUGCAAACGCUGCGACAAGACCUUCGCGCUCAAGAGUUACCUGAACAAGCACUACGAGUCCGCCUGCUUCAAAGGCCCUUUCUCUCCUCUCGGCCCCUUAGAUGCAUGACCCCCCGCAUAGAUGAAACAAAUGGACUAAACUGCAGAAAUAAGUCGCCAUUAUCCUUAAAGACUGAACUGCAGACACAAACAAUCUAUUUUUGGUCAGAGUAUGACCUUGCUUCCCCUCCUCCCUCUCUCUCACUUCCCCCUCACCUCGCUUUCCCUUGGAGCCUAUUCGUGAUGAUGACGACGAUGAAGAUAGCACAAUUUUUCUCCUUGAGAUUUGCCCACUUAAGGAUUUAACUGAUCUACGCAUGCACUUCCUCAAAAACUCUUCACCUCCUCUUCCUCUGUCUGUUCCAGAUAGAGACAAUAAUACUGACACGGCUUCCUUCUGGCAUCUAAAUACAGUAUGACACCGUAUAUUUUGGGACACUGAUGAUGAGGAUGACGACAAAGACGAUAGUAAGCCUAGUUACUGCGUUCCUCCCUGCACUGAAACACAGUGAAAGAGUUUUCCCUCUUAUUUUCUUUUUUGGGGGGAAUAAUAGUAAUAAUGAUAGUAAUAAUAAUGAUAAUAAUAAUGUUCUGCUGCACCAAGUGACCAUAAUCUCUCCACCACUGAGGUAAAAAUAUUAUUUAUAUAUUUAUUUAUUUAUUUAUAUAUUUGUUUAUUUCAUUUAUUUUUUAUUUAUUGUGAGUUUAUACUUGAUUUGUUGCACUUUCAUUUCUGUGUAUGUAGGAUAUUUGCUAACCUCUUUUUAUCACUACAGGCCAAAGCAUAUGUCACUUUUUUUGAGUACAAUUCUUUUCUUAUUACGUUUUUUUCUUUUCUUAUUAACGUUAUUGCAUGCAAAAAAAAAAAAAUGAAAUCUAUGCCAACAUCAUAAAAAGCUUAUGAUUUUUUUGCCAAAAUCCAAUAGAUAGAACCUGAGGGCAAUAUUUUUUCGUGGAGCCUCCGUAGGACUCUUCAAAAGCAAUAAUCACCUAAUGCAUGGUAUUUUAUGAUGACGUUAUGAAGUAUUACCUACUACUGUAUAGCAGUUUAAAAAUCAGGUAUGUUUUACUUCACCUAUAGUCAUAAACAGAUAAAUACGAAUAUAACAGACAUCAGGGAACAUGCCAAUGUAGUGUUAGAGUAACAAAAAGAAAACGUCCUGUCUUUCCUCUCUUGUUAUGCACUGCCUGCCUCUUAGUGAGUAGAACUAAUGUAGGAUGUAGGCUAGAGAGGCUGGGAUCAGCUGCCUGCUUGGUAUGAGGCCUAUUGUAGGAUAACUACCACCCUGACAGACCUGCACCAGGAUAACUCUGGCAUUACAUAAGCAGGAGAAGUCUACAUUCGGAUCAGGCCACACAACAUUUUACUCAGAUCGGAUUCCUUGACCAUUCAUGAGAGGUUUCUGGGAUGUAAACAAUUACAUUCAGAGGUUCUGAAAACACCUUUCAUGUUUUAUGCAGCAACAGGUCUGCGCAUUUCCAUAAUGUAAAGAGGCAUCUUAUCUCUCUUUUCAUACAAACAAAACUGGAACAAACUUUUAGCAAUCAGACUGGAGAAGCAUGCAAUGAAAAGUGCACCGACCCAGUACGACACAUGGCAUUUUGCAAAUCUGAGUAUAUUUUCAAUAGAAAAGCACCAAGUCAAAGUUUGGUGCAUUGUUGAAGUUGGACAGAGGUCAAUGCAUUAUUCAACUUCCCUUCCAGAGCACUUCCAGACCAUACAGUAACAGUGUGCAUUCUUAAACCACAGAGAAAAGCAUGCACUUAAGCUGGAUGGUCUGAAUCCAGCUUCACUGUUACAGUCCUGAUUAUUCUGCAGUAGGCCCCAUCCAUCCCUAACAGGCCGACCAUAGGCAAACUCUUUGAGUGAUUAUUAUUCCUACAGACAGGCCCGACUGUAAUCAUCCCGAACCCAUAGACGGUUAUCGUUCAAACUAACUGGCCAAUACCAGUGUUGCUGAACCCAGUUCUCUGCAGCUCAGAAACCUUUUCUUCAGAUCCAUGGAGCUUCCUGAGAGACAGACUGAGGGACACACACAUCUGCACAAAAAUAAUGAAGCGCUUGUUUGUGUUCAUACAUCGUCCUGUACGUCCGCAUCGUAACUCUGCAUAGACACUUUCCCACGUGGCCGCACACGUGAGAACACGAUGCCUGCUGACGAGCUGUUUGGGGGUGAUGAAAAUCUAUUUACAGUCAAACUUUCAACAACUGAAAAGAAACAGGUUUAAUGAUAAGAUGCAGGUUUAUAACAGAGACAUUCUGAUAAUUGCUUCCUCGUGCAUGAGCUUCCUCACUUACAGCCUGGGUCAAUUUAUCGAGUGACAAAAGUCUACAUUCUAUGAUAAAUGUUGUGUUGCAUAACAAGUCAAUUAGAAGGAGGCAGUUUUCUGUUGUGACUGGAGCGAUCAGUGUGUGAGUCAGCAAACUGCAGGUCUUAUCUCUCUUCCCAAUGUGUGAACCAGAUUCGAGCUGCAAUUACUUGAAUUGUAUCAGACGAUUAGUCAUAGAGCUCCGUCUUGUUAGGGCUCACAUUUUAGUUUUUGUCUUUUUUUAUCUGUGAUUUUUAAGUACUGGCCGCAAUAAAUCUACAUGGCUGAGUAAACAUGCAAAAUAGGUAAAAAACAUUAGAUUAGGAGCUCAAACUAAAAUGCUAGUCAAAUACAGCUGAAUGUGAAAAUGACAGAGUGUGACGAAGAGCCCAUAUAUGCAAAGAAAACAAAAGCAUUACCCUCAUUUUUCUUUACACAUCUCGGAGACAUCGAAACCCUGGAAGAGAUAGAAAAUAACAAUAUGCUAUUACUCAAACCGCUAACUCUAAAAUCUGGUUUCUUUCCUCUCUGUUUGAAUGAGAAUGUAAGCAGUAAACACACUGCUGCUACUGUAGUGACUGAUGACAGUGUGACGGGUACAAAGUUGUUAAAAAAUCCCGCUAACAGUAUUUCAGGCUGCAACGUCUCCAGUUGUUGUUUACGCGUCACAGAUUGUUCCAUUGUGUAUUCAAACACUUUGCACAUUUGCACUGCGGUCGAAACAUCUUAAGGGUAUUUGGAUGAAGUCGUCGUUGUCCUGCUGGUGACCGGUGUUCAGGAGUUUGUGCGUCUGUCUCUGGGUGAGCUCCAGGUCUGAUCUCUCUAAGCACUUCCAUUCUAGUCAUUUCCACCUUAAAGAAAGUAGCACAAUGAAACUAACUAGAAUUCAGGUAGAGAAGAAUUAAAAACCUUGUACUAGCUUGACCUCUCUUCUUUUUUUGUAUUUCCAAGUUAAAGAAUGAUGAUAACCUAAAUAAUCAUUUAUUGCAAGAGGGUUUGUAAAGAAUCCUUUGGAUUGAUACAUUUUUACUGCUGUAUAGCGAUUAUCUGACACACCUUAUCUCGGGAGGUCUGCAUCUCUGGUGCAGAGAGACGACGUCCUGGGUUUUUUUGAGCCAGUAUUCAAACAAUGUAAGCACAAUGAGCACAAAGCAUUUUGUGGCACUUCAUAAUAAAGAAUAAUCUUAACAAGCCAAGGCAGCAUGUUGCA